UAAAAUCGCUGAUAUUUCCAAGAUUUCUCCGGGAAAUCCCGAUUUUUAUAAAACGCUAUAAUGUGAUUCAAUUUAUCGUGAACUGUUACGAAUAUUGAGCAUUAUUGUUAGAUUAGUAUAUAUAUAAGAAGACAAAGAAAUAGUCGUUCUAAGUCAAUCUAAGCAAGUGUAAGGAAUCAGAUUAAACAAAAAAGGAUUGUUUAUAACGUUUAAAAGAUUUUGUGAUCAUAAUGGCUACAGAGGAAGAAGAAGUUACAGACAUACAUUGGGAAGUUAUGAAGACUUUUGCUAUGCAACAGCAACAAUACUUAUUUGAGAAUCUUCCUGACUGCACAAUAUAUAAAGACAAUGAAUAUGAAUAUCUAAAACAAAACAUUGGAUUUGCAAUUUUUGGUCCACCAGAGAAUAUCAAUAGUACAAGUACAGAAGAAGAUCAUUGUUAUUGCAAAACAGAGAAUCUAAAUAAUGCAGAUGUAGUUGAGACAGUAGGUUAUUCAGAAGAUGCUCAAAAAGUCAUAAAUAAGAUAUAUGAUAGAAUACGUACAUCUUCAAUAGAAACCGAUGACUCUGGAUCAAUUUACUAUGGUGUAAUUUAUAAUAUGAUAUUCCGUCCUAAAACAAAUAUAAAACCUAAGAAAAAAGAAGUAAAAAAAGAAGCAGACGAAGAUAUGCAGAUAAACAGACAAAAGAUUGAUGAUUUUGUAAUGCCUAUUCCUAUUUUUACAAUUAGAAAUAAGAAAAAGUAUGAAACUACAAAAAAAGCAAAACAAGAAAAUACAUCAACUGGUGAUGAAGUACAGUAUGAAACAUUAUACAUUGAUGUCACUAGCAGAGUAUAUAAAAAUUGGACGGACUAUAUAGAAAAUAAUAAAUUACCAGAGUGUACUAUGGUUCUUCCAAAAUAUGGUUUUUAUGAAUCAGAUCCAGCUUAUUGUCCUACAGAGGAUUAUUCAACAGUUUGGCUGGAAAUCCUGGAGUCUCCUUCAUGUAAAUGGAAUGUAAAACUCUGCAAGGGAAUGGAUGUCGCUUCUACUGUCGUCGGAUUUGGCACAAUUGGUUUGAGUAUCGCGGCACUGUUCACACCUCUUGCGCCAGUUGUUGCUGUAUCAGGAGUUGCUGCUGCUACUGCAACUAGUGCUUGGUCAUUCGGUCGAAAUACCCAACAUUUAGUAGACCGCCGUAAACAUGAAGAAUCUAUUCAUGUUUUUGACAAAGAAGCAUUUACAAAUUACCUCAGCAUGGCCGGUACUGCAUUUGGUUUAGGAGCAAUGGGAGGAUCAGCGAUUAUUUCCAAUGUUGUUGCACGUGGUAUGACAGUAAAUACCCUUGCAAGAGUGGCAUUUAAUACUGUACAAGGUGGUAGUCUGAUCUUGAGUGGUAUUGGCGUCAUAUAUCAGGGUCACAGUGUGUAUGAUAAAUAUAAAAAAAAAACUGUCGAUGUCAUAGAUGUAUUAAAUUUGGCGACGCAUCUUAUGUUUUUCUAUGGCUCCGUAGUUAAGAUUCAAUUUGCCAGCGACAUAAUCGAGAGUACUCAAAGUAAAAUCAUCAAUGAUUAUAAGAAUGAUAUAGUUACCAAACGUAUUCGUAAAAAAUUCAACAAAAUUGUAAAGAAAGCUGCCGAAAAUAAUACAUGUAAAAUAUCCGAAAAUGCGGAAGUGAUACUUUAUAUAAAACAUCGUCGAGAUCUUUUGUCAAAUCAGCCUGUAACCAACGGAGGUAAUCGGACAGACAGUACUUCACAUAAUAUCGUAUGGUCGAUCAAUCGUGGUGGAUUAAAAGUCAACGGUAUCACAUUGUUAGACCCUAUCGAAUUUGUUACUCGUCUUAUAAAACUGGGCAUAUUUAUCGGAAUCGAUCAAAACGCAUCAUCUGAUCCAUCAAACAAUGAUAAUGAGCUUAUUGAAAAAUUAACAAAAGUACUUUGUGAUUUAUUAUCCAAGUUGUAUGUAAGCGACGACUGUCCUAAAAGCAAAAAACUACCGGUAGUGCCUGACUUUGAACCUUUAAUAAGGGAGAUGAGUUUUCUGCAAAUUAAUAAAAAUUACUUUGAGAUGCUGUUUAAAAUCACUGAAAAAUUAAUAAAACGUUCCAAAAAUUUGGACGAUUUUUUACUCCUGACUUUUACUUUUGUUUGGCAAUAUUGUAAGGCGAACCUAAAGCAAUGGGGUAUGACUUUAUGCCCGCAAAGCGUUUGCAGCAACAAGAUUUUGCAAAGAAUUAUCAUUGCAAUUUUUGAAGCAAUUGAUAUGGUGGCUAGUAAUUUAUGUGAUGCUUUUGAGAAAUAUAUAGCUUCUAUUUUGUAUAAAAAUAAAUAGAGAAUAUGAAUUCCAUAUA